AUGACUACGCUUACUACAUCCCCUCGCGUUCCUAUCCCCGCCAAUGGAGUCGACUAUCGUGGCAAAAUAGUUCUCGCGCCGAUGGUGCGAUCUGGAGAACUGCCAUCUCGUCUUCUCGCUCUCAAGUAUGGCGCAGACCUCGUUUGGGGUCCCGAGACAAUAGAUCGAUCGCUCAUCGGAGCCACCCGCCGCGUGAAUCCCCGCAACGGAACCAUCGAGUAUACCAGACUUCCCUCGAACGGCGGACGCUCAGACAAGCCUCCACAAGAAUCCAUCUUAUACCGCAUCGAUCCGGUGCGCGAGAAGGGAAGGCUGGUAUUUCAGAUCGGUACCGCCUCUCCGGAGUUGGCCGUCGAGGCAGCCAAACUUGUCGCAGGCGAUGUGGCUGGAAUUGAUGUCAACUCGGGAUGUCCCAAGCCCUUCAGUACCAGUGGUGGAAUGGGCGCGGCCUUGCUGCGCACACCCGAUAAGCUCGUCUCUAUCCUCGAGUCCCUCGUGCGCGAAGUCGGCAACCCGUUCCAAAUCGGCAUCUCGGUGAAAAUUCGCAUCCUAGAAACACCGGAAAAGACCGAGGCUUUGGUCAGGAGACUCGUCGCGACAGGUAUCACGGGACUGACUGUUCAUUGCCGCACGACACCCAUGCGGCCGCGCGAGCGCGCCAUCCGCGAUCAGUUGCGGAUGGUUGCUUCAAUCUGUCGCGACGCUGGUGUGGCCUGUGUCAUGAACGGUGAUGUCACAUCCCGCGACGAGGCGCUAGCGCUGAUGAAGGAGUUCGAAGUCGACGGCGCCAUGAUCGCCACAGCCGCCGAGUCGAACCCAUCGUGUUUCCGCUCCGAAGCAGAGGGCGGCCUAUUGCCCUGGAGGGAGGUAGUCCGCGACUACCUGCGCGCCUGCAUCGAGGCCGAGAACCGGUUCGGCAACACGAAAUUCCUUCUGAACAUUCUCAUCCCUGGCAGGAACCGAGAAUUCAAGGACGCAAAGGCCGCCAAAUCCUACACUGACUACUGCCACUUCCUGAAAUUCGACGACCUUCUCCCAGCCGCCGCGCAGGUCGACGAGAUCCUCAACCUCGCCGACAAGUCCGUCUACAAGAAAACCGAGACGGACUCCACCGCCCGCGACGCGGCCGUAAAGCACGCCCUCGAGAACAACGAGACCGCGCGUGCCGCCAGUGGCGCCCCGCGACCAAAGGCGCCCUCACCCGCUGUGAGCGGAGGCGGUCCCAUCCGCACCAACUCCAUCCCGGCACCCGUCAAGUCGAAGCCGGAAGCCCAACCCAUUGACGUCUCCGUCCCUGCGACAGAGGCGACUCAGAAGCCAGAGCUUGCUGCAUAG